ACACUCCUGCCACACAGGAUAAAAACCAAAAGAGAAAUAUCUGUUAUUUUUGGGUGAAAUCCACUUGGAGACCAACAGUUUGCCUCAGAAGACUUCCUCAGAUGACUUGUUUUCAACUUGUGACUCAGAUUUCUAAGAACCUGCAGAAACUUUUGAGAAAAACUUGACGACUUUAUUGUCACCUGAUUAUCCUUAAACUGUCAAUCAAAAAGAGUGAUAUCCUGUGGCCUUGAUUGCUAUUUUAUGACAUUGUUUGUGGCUCCGAAUUUUUCAAACAAUUCACUUCACGUUACUUAAUGGUGGCAAACCCCUGAGUGGCUGUAAAGUCAUAAACUCCACGGCGUUUCGCCACAGUCACAUUUUUUGAUUCGUAUCUUGUCUGGUUUUAUCAUUUUAAAGUCUCUGCUUAUCAUUUUUACAGUAAGAAGUAUCAUUAACUGAGCUUUCCGGAAGAGUAAUUAUAAAGUCAAAGAGUAGAUUGGAGUCACAUAUAUAAGGAGGUGUUGCACUCGGCUGGACCACAUGUCCUCCAGCAGCAGCAGAGAUGGGCUGCAGACGCACAGACUGCCUCUCAAAGCCUCUGUCCGGCCUUUUUGCAAAGCUUGGAUCAGCCGUAGGUUCACAUCCUUUAUUCUUUUUCAUUAUUCCCAUCGUUGUGUCUGCAGCUCUGGGGGCAGGCUUCGUUUUUCUUAAAGAAAAUGAAGACAACGACUUUGAGAGUCAGUUCACCCCCUUGAAAGGCCCCUCCAAGGUCACCAGAGCUCUGGUGAAGGAGAACUUUCCCUACGACGACGGCCUCUUCUCCGAGGAGCGGCUCUACAGCACCGGCAGGUUCGCCUCCCUCAUCGUCGUGGCGACCAACGUUCUGGACAGCCCAGCUUUAGAGGAGCUCAUCAGACUCAACGAGAAGGUCCUCAACAUCACCGUGGAUGUGCGGCGGCUGGGCUUCACCGACGUCUGCGCCCGAGUGGAGCGAGCGUGCGCCUCCAACGUCAUCCUGGAGAUCAUGACCUCCAGGAAAACCAGCAUCAGCUACCCGGAACACAUCCACGGGUCUGAGACCGUCUUCCUGGGGUCCACGCUCGGAGGGGUCACCACGGACGCCAACGGCACGGUCACCAGCGCUCAGGCCGUCAGACUCACAUACUUCCUCGACAGUCAGGAAGGCUCGGCCGAAGCCGCCAAACUGUGGCUGAGAAGAUUCAAAGCUCUGAUGGGGGAGGAGCCAAGCAGCGAGAAUGUUGACGUGUCGUACUUCACCUCCAAAUCCAAGCAGGAUGAGAUCAACAGUCACACCACGGAUGGCUUCCCCUUGUUCCUCAUCACUUACGCCUUCGCCAUCAGCUUCUCUGUGAUAUCCUGCAUGAGGUUUGAUAACGUCAGGAACAAAGUUUGGGUGGCGGUCUUUGGCGUCAUCUCUUCUGGCCUGGCUGUCGUCUCCUCGUUUGGUUUGAUGCUCUAUAUCGGCGUUCCGUUCGUCAUAACGGUGGCGAAUUCUCCAUUCCUGAUACUCGGAAUCGGUCUCAACAACAUGUUCAUCCUGGUGUCCGACUGGCAGCACAGCCACGUCAAAGCCUCCGUCCCCGAGCGGAUGGCGCACACGUACGAGGAAGCCGUCAUGUCCAUCACCAUCACCGCCCUGACGGACGUCCUCAAGUUCUUCAUCGGCGUCAUGUCCGACUUCCCGGCGGUCCAGUCCUUCUGCCUGUACACCGCCACCUCCAUCUUCUUCUGCUACAUCUACACGGUCACCUUCCUGGGGGCGUUCAUGGCCGUGAACGGGAAGCGAGAGGCCGGCAACCGGCACUGGCUGACCUGCAUGGAGAUACCGUCGGUCAAAGCCGUCGACCAACCCGAUUUCUACAACUUCUGCUGUGUGGGCGGGGACUACGAUGAGGUCACGGGAGCCGAGAAAAAGAAGCUGGCCAGUAACUUCUUUAAGGAUUGUUACGGCCCGUUUCUGGUCAAGUCCUGGGUCAAAGGAUUGGUGGUCCUGAUUUAUUUGGUGUAUUUGGCCAUGAGCGUUUUUGGGUGUUUCAACAUCCAGCAGGGGAUUGAGCUCUACGACCUGGCGGCAGAUAACUCCCACGUCACGACCUUCGUCAAGAAGGAGCGGCAGUUCUUCUCCGGCUACGGUCCAUCCAUCAUGGUCAUCGUGAACGAAGAGUUCCCGUACUGGGAUGACGUCAAGAGGUGCCAACUUCAAGGAUGUCUGGAGGACUUCAAAGAACCCCAAUUCGUCGAUGAGGAGAUCUCCACAUCCUGGCUGGACUCCUUCUUAUUGUACGGACAGGAGCGACGCCUGAACCUCAACGACAGAGAGGCUUUCCUCUCUAAUCUGACGGAGUUUCUUGAACACGCCCCCAUCUUCAAGCAGGAUGUGAACCUCACUGGCGCCGCCAUCACCGCGUCCCGUUUCUUCAUCCAGACGGUCGACAUCGCCAACGCCAGCAUCGAAAUCGAGAUGCUCCAAGGCCUGAAGUCCAUCGCCGGCAGCUGCAGCGCGGCGUCGCUAACCGUCUACAACAAGGACUUCAUCUACUUCGACCAGUACGACGUGGUGGUGAAGAGCAUCAUCAAGAACGUGGCGGUGAUCUCGGCGGUGAUGCUGGUGGUCUCCCUGCUGCUGAUCCCCGACCCCGUCUGCGCGCUGCUGGUGACCUGCUCCAUCGGCUCGGUGACGGCGGGCGUGACCGGCUUCAUGGCGCUGUGGGACAUCAGCCUGGACUCCAUAUCCAUGAUCAUCUUCACCGUCUGCAUCGGCUUCACCGUGGACUUCUCCGCCCACGUGUCCUACGCCUUCGCCUCCAGCAGGAAGGACACUCCCAACGAGAAGGCGGUGGAGGCCCUCUCCAACCUGGGCUACCCCAUCCUGCAGGGCACCCUGUCCACCAUCCUGGGCCUCUCCGUGCUGCUCUGGUCGGAGUUCCACACCUUCAGAACCUUCUUCCAGAUUUUCUUCCUGGUCAUGUUCAUCGGGAUGGUUCACGGUCUGGUUUUCAUCCCGGUGAUUCUGACACUUUUCACCUGCAGCUCUCGGGAGAAGAAGUCGGAAAAGGACUUACAAAUGACUCGAAUGUGAGCAAAACGAGGACAAUUUCUAGACUUUUUAAAAUUCUAUUAUAGAUAUGUUUGAAUUUUUAGAAAUAUUUGCUUUUAAAGUGAAUAAUAUCGGUAUGAACGUCAUGUUCCAUCUAUUAAUGAUGAGAAAAACGUGUUGUUUUUUUAUAUUUGUAAACAUCUAAGUUAUUUUAUUCAGUAUUUUCCCUUUUUUGGUGAUUAAUUGAUUUAAUUUGAUGUCUUCUUCAUUUUUUAACACAAAUUAUACUAGUUUUUCUGUAAACAGGAAUUUUCUAAUUGAAUUUUUUUGUUUUUAUUUGGUAAAACUUAGCAAUAAACUAUGUUCUGUA